AUGAAAAAGAAGGUUAGAAAAACUGGACAAGCAACUGAUCAGGAAAGAAAUAAGCUGCAAGACCUUCUAGAAGAGCGAAAGAAGUGUCAUAGGACGAAGAAAUACUACCAGUAUUACCGUCGACUCGCAGAAGACUCGGUAAAGUUAGGCAAAGAGAGAUGGAUAAAUGCCUGGUUUGCGGUGCAACAAGAACUCGAUCGCCUAUCGAUAGAUAUGAGCCUGAUCGAGCAUCUAGCCGGGAUGAUUCAGUACCCAGGCACCGAGAGCCGCGCGCUCGGUCAAGAUCCCGGGACAGAAGACAUCGGAGAUCACACCGCGAACAGAGGCGGGAGGCUAGAUCGCGAAGUACUAAUCAUGCCCAACGUCCUCGCACUGAGUCUCGGUCCAGGUCUCAUUCUCGAUCGCGAAGACAAGACAACAGGUCCAGGCAUCGUAGAAGAGAGCCUCAUACCCAUGACCAUGGAAGGCAGGAAAGAUUGA